AUGUUUUGUUGUUUGAAUAUUCUGCCAGCCCCGCUGCAGAUGUGCAUGGGAGUAUGCCUUCGCCAAGAUGUCACCGAAGAAAGCAAAAAGGCCAAACUGCAGAACUCCAAAAUAGAGCAAGACCUGUCCGAGCAGACCCGGAAUGAGAUCAACGUGGUCAAGGUCCUCAUGCUUGGACCUGCGGAGAGUGGAAAGAGCACUUUGAUCAAGCAGAUCAAGAUCAUCCACAGUCAUGGCUUCUCCAAACAAGAGCUCACCAGCUUCAAGCCUGCAGUCCUCGACAACCUCCUCACUUCCAUGAAGUUUGUCCUCCGAGGAAUGGGGAUGCUGAGGAUAAACCUGGCCAACAAGAAGAACAAGAUUCACGCCCGCGCCAUCCUGUCGUGCGGCCGCUGUUUGGGGGACGACCAGGAGCUGCUUCCCUUUGUGGCUCAUGCUUUCUGUGCGCUGUGGGCCGACCAGGGGGUGCGAGCUGCCGCAGCCAGAGGUUACGAGUUUGAGCUCAACGACUCUGCCCUCUAUUUCUUCGAGAACAUGGGUCGAAUCAUCGCCCCCAAUUACACCCCCACUGAGCGAGAUGUUCUCCGAGUGAGAGUGAGGACUUGCGGAAUCAUCGAGACGCAGUUCCAACUGGAUGACAUGAUGUUCCGGUUGUUCGAUGUCGGCGGCCAGCGGAGCGAGCGAAGGAAAUGGCUGCGCUGUUUUGACGGCAUCCAAGCCUUGUUGUUCGUUGUGGCUCUGAGCAGUUACGAUAUGUCGCUCCCCGAAGACCCAAAAGUGAAUCGGCUGCAGGAAAGUCGUGAACUUUUCGCGUCGAUCUGCACCAACUCGAUCUUCAAGAGCACCUCAGUGAUUCUGUUCAUGAACAAAACUGACCUUUUCCAGGAGAAGAUCCUCCACUCCGGAAGACAUCUGAGAUUGUACGUUUCCACUUUUAAAGGAGCGGACGCCGACGUGGACGCCGCAGCUCGCCACGUCACCGCCAUGUUCUCGACGUGCGGCGGGGGCGAUCGGCCCUUAUUUCACCACUUCACCACAGCCACGGACACCGCCAACGUCCGGGUGGUCUUUCAGGUUGCCAUGGAGCAGAUUAUGAAGCAGAACCUCACAAACGCUCGGCUCCUCUAACCGCUGAAGAAACAAACUUUGUGACGGCUCCGCGUCAACUCCUCUGCGGACGUAUGGUGACCCCCGGAUACCCGACAGCAAGCCGGACGCC